AUCGAAAAAGAAUAAUAAAAUUAUCAAUCAUGUCAACGAGACUAACAUUUGCGAGAUGCAGACAAUUACGAUGGUUCUCGACAAAGCCAAGGAUGGAAAUCUUGGAUUCUGUAAAUGAUCAAAUAUUAAAUAACGAAUUGAAACACAGGGAACAUCCAGGUAUAAUUAAGCCCAGAACAGUAGAACAACCCCCAUGGCUAUAUAAAACAAUUCAAAUAAUUUUGCAAGACAAAGGUAUAUCAUCAGUAGCAAUUGGAGAAAGUGGACAAAAACUAAUUGCACAUCUACAUGGUCGACGAAUGCCACCAGAAAGGAGAGACAUGCAGUUAAAAUUGAAAGAAAUUUGUUCACGUACAGUUAAUUAUGAUGCAUACACAAGUCUGUCAUAUUUAAUUAGCAGAAGUGUACCAGAGUAUAGUGUUUUGUACAAACUUUUUAAUGAAAUUAAAACCAGAGAUGAUAAUUUUAUACCCAAAACACUGUUUGAUUUUGGUUCUGGAGUUGGAACAGUUAUAUGGGCAGCAUCUCAGUUUUGGACCAAAUCCAUUAAGGAAUAUUAUUGUGUUGAUGCUUCUCCAGAUAUGAAUGAUCUCUCUGAAUAUCUCCUAAAAAGAUCAAAUACUAGAAUCAACAUUUCUGACGUUUUCUACAAACAAUUUUUACCUGUAUCUGCAAAUCGAACUUAUGAUAUUGUAGUGAGCGCAUAUUCUUUGUUGGAAUUACCGAACCAAAUAUCUCGGCUCGAGGUGAUCGGGAGACUUUGGCGAAUAACGGAACGAUACCUAGUUAUUGUAGAACAAGGAACAAAAUGUGGAUUUGAUAUAAUCAAUGAAGCUCGGGAAUUUAUACUUAUGUAUAACAAGAUCAAGGGGCAUGUAUUCUCACCUUGUCCGCACGACUUAAGCUGUCCCAGACACACUACAGACGAUACUCCUUGUAAUUUUGAACUGAGCUAUUUGACGUUACCAAUCCCUCAGAAGUCUCAAUACAAAUCUGAACGGUAUUCAUAUGUGAUACUUAAAAAAGGCGAACGACCAGAAGAUGAUUGUAAAUGGCCACGAAUUGUUAGGGAAGUGUUGAAACGUUCCAGGCACGCUAUAUGCCGUACGUGUACAGCUUCUGGGGAAUUGCAAGAACAUAUUUUUACUACUGCUAAACAUGGAAAGAAUACGUACCGUUGUGCACGGUCUAGUAGAUGGGGAGAUCGUUUACCUUUUGUGCCAAAGAAAACAGAUGACAUUGUCGAGGAAAAAAUAACAGCUGAAAUUACCGAAAAUGAAAGAACAGAUGAAAUUAGGGAAGAAGAGACAACAGAUGAAAUUACUAAAGAACCUAAAUAA